AUGGAUGAAACACAAUUCACGGACAAUGCAUUGAAGAUUAUAUCCAAUGCUACACAAUUAGCAAAGGACAAUGCACACUCUCAAAUCUUACCAUUGCACUUUUUGGCAGCGAUGGUACCUACGGAUGAUGAGGAAAGUUCAAUACCUUACUUGAAGACAUUGAUCGAGAAAGGAAGAUUUGAAUGGCCCGCUUUUGAAAGGAUAGUGAAUAAGCAUUUGGUCAGGUUACCAUCACAAACACCUGCCCCUGACGAGAUCAGACCUAGUUAUGCAGCCGGUCAAGUUUUGACAAGAGCAAACAAGAUCAAGGCCCAGCAAAAGGAUAAUUAUGUGGCACAAGAUCAUAUCUUGUUGGCUUUGCUUGAAGAUUCAUCUAUAAAGGAUAUCUUCAAGGAGGCUGGUAUCAAUGUUGAUGCCAUAAAGACUCAAGCCAUUGAACUAAGAGGAAGCCAAAGAAUUGACUCAAGGCAAGCGGACUCGUCAUCUUCGUAUGAAUUCUUGAACAAGUAUUGCGAGGAUUUGACUGAGAAGGCGAGAGAGGGUAGAAUUGAUCCUGUUAUCGGUAGGGAGGAAGAAAUCAGAAGAGUCAUUAGAGUCUUGGCCAGAAGAACAAAAUCAAAUUCGGUUUUAAUUGGUGAAGCUGGUGUCGGUAAAACAUCUAUUGUUGAAGGAGUUGCCCAAAGAAUUAUCGAUGGAGAUGUUCCUAAUGUUUUAGCUAACUCUAGAUUAUUUGCUUUGGAUUUGGGUGCUUUAACAGCAGGUGCAAAAUACAAGGGUGAAUUUGAAGAAAGAAUAAAAGGCGUCUUGAAUGAAAUUGAGAAAUCACACGAGAUGAUAAUUUUGUUUAUCGAUGAAAUUCACAUGUUAAUGGGUGACGGUAAAAGUGAUGCUGCCAAUUUGUUGAAACCAAUGCUUGCAAGAGGAACUUUGCAUUGUAUAGGGGCUACCACCUUUUCUGAAUACCGUAAAUUUAUUGCAAAAGAUGGUGCCUUUGAAAGGAGAUUCCAGAAGAUUGAUGUUCCCGCAGCUACAGAGUCAGAAACUGUUGCAAUCUUGAGAGGUUUGCAGCCGAGGUAUGAGAUUCAUCAUGGAGUCCGUAUUUUAGACAGUGCCUUGGUUACGGCAGCUCAUUUAGCCUCAAGAUACCUUACCUAUAGAAGCUUACCUGAUUCGGCUGUUGAUUUGAUUGAUGAGACCGCUGCCACUGUUGCUGUUGCAAGAGACUCUAAACCAGAAGAAUUGGAUAAUUUAGAAAGGCUGUUGCAUUUGGUUGAAGUUGAGAUAAAUGCAUUGGAGAGAGAUGUGGAGGCCGAUGCUGAUUCUAAAGGGCGUUUGGAGUUAGCAAAGAAAAAGCAGGCUGAAUUAGAAGAACUGCUUGGUCCUUUGAGAGAAAGAUUCAACCAAGAGAGGGCAGGCCAUGACGAGUUAAUUGCCGCAAAGCGUAAAUUAGAUGAAUUAGAAAUAAAGGCGCAGGAUGCUGAGAGAAGACAUGACACUGCUACAGCAGCAGAUUUGAGAUAUUUUGCAAUUCCAAAUGUUGCUAAGCAGAUUGAAGAAUUGGAAGUAAAGGUCGCUGAAGAAGAAAGGCAAGCAGGACCAACGGCUAUGCUUAGAAAUGUUGUUAGCUCCGAACAAGUUGCCGAAACGGCUGCAAGGUUGACUGGUAUUCCAGUGAAUAAAUUAACCCAAGCCGAAAAUGCUAAAUUGAUCACUAUGGAGAAGGAAUUGUCUUCAGCAGUCGUUGGACAAAGUGAAGCUGUUAAAGCUGUUGCUAAUGCCGUCAGAUUGAAUAGAUCAGGUUUAGCCAAUCCAAACCAACCAGCUUCAUUCUUAUUCUUAGGUUUGUCUGGUUCAGGAAAAACUGAAUUGGCCAAAAAAGUUGCUGGAUUCCUUUUCGCUGAUGAAAGGGCUAUGAUCAGAAUUGAUUGUUCAGAACUUACCGAUAAAUGGUCUGCUUCAAAGUUGUUAGGUGCUGCUCCAGGUUAUGUUGGUUACGAAGAGGGUGGUAUAUUGACUGAAGCUUUAUUAAGACGUCCAUAUUCCGUCAUUUUGUUCGACGAAGUCGAGAAAGCAGCACCAGAAGUGUUAACAAUUUUAUUGCAGAUUUUGGACGAUGGUAGAGUCACCUCUUCGCAAGGUAAGUUAGUCAAUUGUUCCAACUGUAUCAUCAUCAUGACUUCAAACUUGGGUGCCGAGUAUAUCAAUGCGUCAAAGAAUAACAAGAUUGACAAUGAAGUCAAAGAUCUUGUCAUGACUUCAGUCAAGGCUCAUUUUAGACCGGAAUUCUUGAACAGAAUAUCAAGUAUUGUUGUUUUCAACAGGUUGUCAAAGAAGGCAAUUGCUAAGAUUGUUAAAAUCAGGUUACAAGAAAUACAAAAGCGGUUUGCAGCUAAUGGUAAGAGUCUCAAAUUGGAUGUCGAUGACGCUGCUCUUGACUACUUGUGUAAAAACGGUUACUCCAGCGAUUUGGGUGCAAGGCCUUUGAACCGUCUUAUUCAAAAUGAAUUGUUGAACCGUUUGGCAGUGCUUUUGUUGAAAGGAAAAGUAAGAGAUAAAGAGACGGCAAGAGUAACGAUUGGACCUAAGGGAUUAGAAGUAAUUCCAAACCACGAAUCAGAUGAUGUUGAUAUGGCAGAUGUGGACGUUGAAGAUUGGAAGGAUAGUGAAGAGGAUGAUGAUAGUCUUGACGCUGAUCCAGUGGAUUGA